AUGAGCACAAUUCAAAAAUACUCCGUCGUGACCCCGAGAUCUCUGGGACUCGAUGGUGUGAACUUCAAGGGGUUCGAGCUCGACAGAAUCUUUACUCCUGGCGCUAACCUCCAGGAUAUGCCCAUCACCACAUGGGAACUGUUGCAGUUCCAUAUUCAACACGCCAUUCUUGUGUUUCUACAUGAUACCAUCGACUUCUGGUACCAGAUUCACGGCGACGUAAAUCACGCAGCCACCUCAGUGUUGCUCAUGGUGCGAACUUGGACUCUAUGGCUCGUGGCACUGGCUCCGGCAAGACCUCACAGAGGUAGCUCCAGAAAUGACAACGCCAGACAUAGGGGCCAACAGCUGCGACGUUACGGAUCGGGAUCCUCCUUCAGGUCCACAGACUCGUCCGACUCUUCUGCCACGACCCACCAUCCCUCCUGGACCCACCAGCUGCGUACUUGGAUCACAGGCUGUGUCGUGUCUGUAUCAAGACGUCUGCCAUUGGCCUCUCGACACCUCAGCUGGCUCUACGCUUCAGCCUCAUCCGACCUCGGUGCUCAUCUCGGUCUGUUAGAGCAGCAAAAGUCUCCUCUGUUGAUCAAACGGGAAGUGUCCAAGCUAGGAACGGUGCCCAACAACGUAGGAUUCGUCUUCGAGCUUCAGCCUCUUCUGGAAGGACCACCAGAGCUCUCACUACCUAAACCCCUUCAUCUGGCCACAGGAGAGGUCAUAUACCCCAGUCAGGAUGAGGUCGACCAGGCACAGGGGGAGAUUGACGCAUACAGAGUCAAGAUGGCUGUUCACAACGACCGAGAGCAGGCCCGCAUCAAACAGAGUAUUGCCAACAUUGUCGUGUGGUGCUCUGUCGUUGGGAUCAAACGAGUCACUAUCUACGAAGAUUCGGGAGCGCUUCUUCGAGACCACGACAGUCUCUGGGAAAUCAUCCAGCGACAACUCAAGGCUUACUAUGGAUGCACUGCCACAAACUGCGGAUCUCGGCCAGAUUUUGUGACCAUUCACAGCCCUGGAAUUUCCCUUUCGAACAAGUAUGACAACGACUCAGGCAAGCUGCACUCUCUUACUCCCAAAGGAAGGUCAGACUCGGCCCAGCCCAUGGCUACGUCUACUCCUAUGGGAUCCCCUAAGGAUGAAGCCAUGACCGCCCUUUCUGCUUCUCCCGAGUCUGUGGAAAUGUGGGGGGUUGAUCUCACUCUCAUUUCCGGCACAGAUGGUAUGACCAAGGCUGCCCAGGUGAGUAACCUGUGGUUGAGUCAGGCGACCGUCUCUCCUCCCGUUGUUGAUGUUGAUGCGGUUCAUCAGUCUCUUCUGGAGCUCACCAGAGGUCCAAUUGAGCUCCUAUAUGUUGCCACCAAGCCCUACUGCUCCGUCAGACGGUUCCCUCAGUCCAGCAUCAACGACUCGGUGCUUGUGUACGACAAUCCUCGAUGCACCUUUAGUGAGUACGUGACUGGCUCUCUGCCUGCUGACUCUGUUGUGCGGCGAAGCCUACAGAAUAUCUUUGGGCCCCCUUCCCAAAGCCGGGACGAGGGCGGUAUGCUGUUUGAGUUCUUCUACCGGGGUCUCGAGACAUAUGCCCGGGCCCUUUCGUCCGAGUUUCGGUCCAUGGAUCGGCGACGUGCCCGACGGAAGCGACAACAGCGACAGAGGGAGAAGAAGGAAGAUGGAGGCACACGCGGCUCGAUCCGAGGUUCCCUUGGCCGAAACCGCAAGAAGGAAAGCGAGAAGGCUGCGACCGAGGAUACCCAGUCUCUUCGAAGCUCGAUCCGGGGCUCUUUCAGUCGAAAGGGAAAGGAGAAGGAGGUUUGA